UCACCAAUAUGAAGUUGGUGACAUGAGCAAAUUUGACAUUUGAGGUUCUGUUAUCGAUUCGCACCCCAAAUCUCAACUUCUUUCAGAUUUAAUCAUUUAAUAAUCAAAAACAAAAAUGGGGCACGGAUUCGGGGAAUUAUACAAACUCCGCGGAAUUAUUAUGUACAGAUUGUCUCCAUUCGAGCAAAAAGCUUUUGCUAAAUUGGUUUCCCAUGCUAUACCAAACACGGUUAGAAGGAUUACCGAUUCUGUUUUGUAUGUUGUUCCUCCUUUCGUUCUUGGAUAUUUGGUUUAUAACUAUGGCGAAACUACACAUGAAAAAUUAAAGCGUAAAAAUCCAGCCGAUUAUGAAAAUGAUCAAUAAAUAAAUUAUAUCUUUUUAAUUUGUAGAAAAUAAAUAAAAAUUUAUUAGGAAUUAAA